AUGAACAACAGCAACAACAAUGACGGGAAGAAAGAUGAGAAGAAGGACGAGAAGAAGGACGAGAAGAAAGAUGAGAAGAAAGAUGAGAAGAAAGAUGAGAAGAAGGACGAGAAGAAGGACGAGAAGAAGGACGAGAAGAAAGAUGAGAAGAAGGAUGACAAGAAAGACGACAAAAAAGAUGCAAAGAAGGAUGAACCCCCAAAGGAGGUGUUCAUCCUGGACCCCGCCACAGACGUGUACUACUACUGGCUGUGUACCAUCUCCGUCCCGGUCUUCUACAACAUGAUGCUCCUGGUUGCCAGGGCUUGCUUUAAUGAGCUGCAGUACACAAACACGUCGACAUGGAUGAUUCUGGACUACGGCUCAGAUUUCCUGUACCUCGUGGACACCUUUGUGAGAGCGAGGACAGGUUUUCUGGAGCAAGGCCUGCUCGUUAAGGACGAGAAGAUCCUGAAGGAAAGGUACAUGAAGACACGUCAGUUCAAACUGGACGUCCUGUCGCUCGCUCCCACCGACAUCAUCUUUCUUUAUAUCGGUAUCGACAACCCGGAGUGGAGGUUCAACCGUCUCCUCAGGUCGGCCCGGCUCUUUGAGUUCUUUGACCGGACUGAAACUCGUACCAACUUCCCUAACAUCUUCCGAAUCGGGAAUCUGGUCCUCUACAUCAUCAUCAUCAUCCACUGGAACGCCUGUCUCUACUUCGCCAUCUCCAAGGUGCUAGUCUUCGGCUCGGACACCUGGGUGUACCCGAGCAUGAACAACCCAGAAUUUGCUCGCCUGCCCAGACAGUACAUCUACUGCUUUUACUGGUCCACUCUCACCCUGACCACCAUCGGAGAAACGCCGCCCCCCGUCCGAGACAUCCAGUACUUCUUCGUGGUAGUCGACUUCCUCACUGGAGUUCUGAUCUUUGCCACGAUUGUCGGAAACGUCGGUGCCAUGAUUUCUAACAUGGGCGCUGCACGUGUGGAGUUCCAGUCGAAGAUCGACUCCAUCAAGCAGUACAUGCAUUUCCGAAAGGUCACCAAAGACCUCGAGGCGAGGGUGGUGAAAUGGUUCGACUACCUGUGGACGGAGGACAAAACCUGUGACGAGAAGCUGGUGCUGAAGAAUCUGCCGGACAAGCUGAAGGCAGAGAUAGCCAUCAACGUGCACCUGGAGACCCUGAGUAAAGUCAGGAUCUUUCAGGACUGUGAGGCCGGUCUGCUGGUUGAGUUGGUCCUGAAACUUCAGCCUCAGGUGUUCAGUCCCGGCGACUACAUCUGUAAGAAAGGUGACAUCGGAAAGGAAAUGUACAUCAUCAAAGAGGGGAAGCUUGCCGUGGUUGCAGACGAUGGGGUGACGCAGUUUGUCGUCCUCAGCGAUGGGGCGUACUUUGGAGAAAUCAGCAUCCUCGGCAUCAAAGGCAGCAAGGCGGGGAACCGAAGAACCGCAAACAUCCGAAGCGUCGGCUACUCUGAUCUGUUCGCCCUCUCCAAAGACGAUCUCAUGGAGGCGCUCAUCGAGUAUCCAGACGCCAAAACGCUCCUGGAGGAGAAAGGCAAGGCCAUCCUGAUGAAAGAUAACCUCAUCGACGAGUCGCUUGUCGCUGCGACCGACGCCAAAGACUUGGAGAAUAAAGUCAACCAGAUUGAAGCCAGUCUGGAUAUCAUGUCAGCCAAAUUUAGAAAGAUGACGGCGCAGUACGAGUCCCACCAACGCAAAAUCAAACAGCGGCUCGUGAACAUGUCGAACCAGGUCCAUACACUCAAAAUGGACGAUUAUUAGAGUUUGGUGUGUCUGCUGCAGGGAUUUGGGACUACUACACAUUCCAUGGUCCCAGUAGGACUCCCUGUGCUGAGCGGCGUAAAUCCAACUGGACGAUGACGAUGGGAGUUACAGUCUUAGAGAGUUUAACUUUUGCUUCUUUGUCCUUUAAGCAGACUGUUUCUGAUUUGCACCAUCGUCAUUUUAUUUUGUACUGACAUCAGUUUCUUUUCUGAAAACCAAACAAAAUGUUUAUGAAAGAGCUGAUUAAGAAAGGACUGUAGAGAUUACCAGGCUUGUUUGCUUCUCCUUUAACAGAUCUGAAUGUUCUGAUUUUAAAGCUGUUUGUCUCCGAAAGAAAAGACAUCAGAACGAAGGCGUACAUCAAUAUUCAUGUUUCUACAAAGCAAUGAUGAGCAAUAACACGACAUCUCUACGUGUGUGAAUGUAAAUAAAAGUAUUCUGCUUUUGGUUUUCAUUCCUGAUGUUUGUUGGAUGAUUUCAGAAACACAGCACUUUGCUUUAAGUUUUAUUUCCUGCACUUGUU